AUGUAUGCCCAACCAAUUAAAUGCAGUCAAGUACAGCAGUUUUGUCCUUAUGGUACUCGUACUGAAUGCUCGAAAGUCAGAGCUCGAAAUGGUGAUAAGAAAUGGUGCACAAAACUUCAUUUUCGUAAAAUUAUACAUCCACAUACUGACGAAUCUCUUGGAGACUGUUCAUUCUUAAAUACUUGUUUUCAUGUUGACACCUGUAAGUAUGUCCAUUACACAAUCGAAUACGCAGACAGCGUUAAUCAACAACUGAGUGGUGUUGUUGUCAAUCAAAGUUUGUUAGAUAAGAAGAAGAACCAUCAAUAUGAUGAUUAUUGUAAUACUAGUAUAAUUUCAUCGUCACAUGGUAAUGCUGAUUUUAGCAAAUCCCAAGUCAAUGUAACUUCAGUGGAUUCAACCGAUGAUGGUGUCGCUGUUAGCGGUGGUGCUGUAAAAGACAGUGGAACAUCAUUAAUUCUCUAUCCGCCUCAGUGGGUUAACUGUGAUAUUCGAUUGAUAAAUAUGUCAAUUCUUGGAAAAUUCGCUGUGAUAAUGGCUGAUCCACCAUGGGAUAUACACAUGGAACUGCCAUAUGGAACAAUGUCAGAUGAUGAAAUGAGACGUUUAGAUAUACCUUGUUUACAAGAUGAUGGUUAUAUAUUCUUAUGGGUAACUGGAAGGGCUAUGGAACUUGGUCGAGAAUGCCUACGCUUAUGGGGUUACGAACGUGUCGAUGAGAUCAUAUGGGUUAAAACUAAUCAGUUGCAACGUUUAAUUCGCACCGGACGUACAGGACAUUGGUUAAAUCAUGGCAAAGAACAUUGUUUGGUUGGUGUAAAAGGCAACCCGAAAUGUGUCAAUAGAGGUCUCGAUUGUGAUAUAAUUGUCUCUGAAGUUCGUGAAACUAGUCAUAAACCUGAUGAAAUCUACGGUAUUAUUGAACGAUUAUCUCCUGGUACGCGCAAACUCGAAUUGUUUGGACGUCCUCAUAACUUACAGCCUAACUGGAUCACACUUGGAAAUCAGUUGGAUGGAACUUAUUUAGUUGAUCCAGCAGUUGUUGAAAGAUUUAAAAAAUAUUAUCCAAAUGGUUUGGAUAUAGAAGUUAAGUAA